CAUAAGACUCUGUUAAGCUCCGCCCACCGGAGAACCACCCUCUGUUUGUCUGCUCCGGUAGCGGAACAUCGACGCUGAAGACGCGGAUCGGUGUCGGUUUUCGGUCGGUUCGGGAUCACCAUGCAGACCGGGCAGCUAGAGAAAAGCGGCUCGCUGAGGAAACGCACUCUGUCCCGGGGAAUGAGCGAGGAUGAGUCCCUCCGACACAUCAUCAGAGAGGCAGAAGAGUCAGGCAGACACCUGUCCCGCAGCGACAGCAGAUACGGCUCUCUAAAACGAGGACAAACCUGCGAGAGCCUGAGUGAAGACGACGUGCUUUCUGAAACCAUAGAGCUGGAGGAGCUGCGGGCUCUGGCACUGCAGCAGGAGGCUCUGCUCUUCCAGGUCGACUGUCUUCAAGAUGCUCUGGAGGGAACCGAGGAGAUGCUGGCGGAGGCGCAGAGAGAGACACAGCGCAGCACCGCGGAGCUGGAGCGUGAGAGAGCUGUGCGGCGGAGGCUGGAGCUGGAGCUGAUCUCAUUACAGCAGGAGCUGGAGAGGCUGCGAGAGGAGCGCAGCGCUGAGCAGCUCCAGAAACCCUCGAGCCCAGUGUGGCUCCAGGCAGCUCCGGAGGGCUCAUCAGUGGACCGGGACGAGCCUCUGAACAGCAGCCGCUCGGUGCUGGACGGAGAUCCUGAUAAUGAGGAGAGCAGCGGGUACGAGGACGCACCGUCAGAGUUUACUGCCACUCCAGACAGAGACCCGCUGGACACUGAAGAAGACCCGGAGAAUAACCCGAGCAGCGGCCCCAAUCCCGGAGACUCCUGCGCUCUCUGCUGAAUCACACACAGUCCACUCGCUGUCUGGAACUACUGUCUGCUCACAUCACUUCAUACUGUUCACACGGCUGCUCACUGGGAUUAGAGCUGUAGUAUACAGUCUAUAGUUAAACUGCUGACCAACAUCUGCCCCUGUACCAGCCCCUAACCCUGCCCAUACCACUGAACCGGCCCAAACCCUAACCAACCCUUACAGCUGGCAUGAAACAGGGUAAACAUGUUCAGUUUCCUCUAUUGUGGCAUAAAUCCAUUAGAAUUGGUCCUGAAAUGAGAAAACAAUGUAUGGCGGUUUACAAUAUCCUCCUUUGGGAAUCGAUUGGGUCAUUGGAAGAUGGCAUAGUCCCCCCAAAUGCCUGAUAACCCCACCCUAAAUUACUGAUAGCCCUGCCCCAAAUGCCAGAUAGCCAUGCCCUAAAUUACUACAUAGCCCCUCCCUAAAUGCAUAAUAACCCCACCCUAAAUUACUGAUAGCCCUGCCCUAAAUGCCUGAUAGCCACGCCCUAAAUUACACAUAGCCCCUCCCUAAAUGCAUAUUAACUCCACCCUAAAUUACUGAUAGCCAUGCCCUGAAUGCCUCAUAGCUCCUCCCUAAAAGACUGACAGCUCCUCCCUGAAGGUAUUCCAUGUGACCAAAAGGGAAGAAAGUCAUCUGGAGGGCAGGGAAGCUUCCUGUAUUUGAUUAAAGAUUCUGAGGGAAAUGUAUUUUUACAUAUUAAUGAAGUGCACAGACACGUCGUUUAUAUCAAGCGCUUCACAUGAAGAAAUAGAGUCAAUAUUGAUUUCAUUCUGACUUUAAAACUACCCGCGCUUCUGAACAGUUCCUCCAGGAUUUUAACAAGAUUUAUAAGAUUUAUGAGAUCUUUAAAUCUUUAAGCUAAUGAUGCCACACAUUCUGUUAUUCUAGACUACAAUUAUCAAAGAAAACGUCCCAGCACAAUCCUGGAGGGACCGACUAAACCUGACGCUAACCUGAACCAGCUCUAACAUCUGCUCAUAACACUAAACCGGUCCCAGACCCUGACCAACCCUUAAGACCCGCUCACACCAGACGCGAUCACUGUAACUAUAAUGAUAAAUAGAUUUACAUCCACACUGACCCGUGAUCAAUAUUUUUAUUUGAUGUUUGGUAUUCUGCAUUACCUCGUCAUGACCAGCAGAUGUCCUCAGCGCAUCUGACCACUGAAUCUUUAUUUCUGAAUGAAUGAAUCUAAUCAAAUGAGUUCAGUGAUUGUAGUCAGUGCAAGUGGAGGGAAAAACAACCAACUAUUAACCCAACACUGGAGACCUGAAGUACUUUAGGCUGUAUUUACACUGCAUGUUCAAGUGACCCAAUUCCGAUUCUCCCAGGUGGCACAGAUCGGACUCGGUCCAUGUACUUAUAAGCAGGAAAAAAGCACAUGGAUUUCGAUUUACUCAAAUCAGAUUCAGGCCUUGUUCACAUGUGGAAAUUUAUGAUCUGUGUUCUCGUGUCCGCAGUGUGAGCAGGUAGAUCAGAUUUUCACCUGUCAGUGCGAGUCGCGCAUCAUUAAAAACCACAGCCAAUGAUGUAAACCCUGACACUUUCAUUUCAGAACAGACUUCAGCAGAGUCCCAAGCCUUAAGUCUCAUACAGGAGGGCUAAAAAAGCUUUAUAUUGUCGUGUAGCACAGGAAUCUAAGCAUGUUAAUGAGAGAGAGAGAGAGAGAGAGCGCAACAUCCGCCAUGCAACCAAUAUAAACCAAAUCUGUUCAUACUGUACAUCACGUGCAGAAAUCACACCAUGGCAAUAACUUUAAGAUGCCUAUACUGGUUUAGAAAAGCCUCGAUUAAAAGAAGAUGGCCUAAUGAGAACUUUUCUGCCAUAAACAAUAGUAAAGCAACUGGUCGAAAAGAAUAAAAAAUAAUUAAGAUUAUAAACAGGAAUAGAGUAUUGAGCGCUCUUUAAUUAUCAGCUGUCAGUCAGCGCCCGCUCUUUUUCCCCUAGUCAUUGUGUCUGCCGUGUGCUGUGUAAAUGCAGUCAAUUGGAUUCAAGUCAUGUUCAGAGGGAUAAAAAAAGAGAUAUAGUCACGACAUCGGAUUUGACCAUCAAGAUCUGCAGUGUAACUGCAGCCUUAUAUUCACUAGCCUGAUUUACAGAACACCCGUGAAUAUUGUCAUUAUUUCCCAUGAUCAGUCAUUAUCUUUAAAUAAUCUGAUAAGAGGACAAAACAUCGAGCAGAGCUUCUCCACGGUGUCGUCUGUAGCUUUAAACAGCGAGAGCCUUUUAUAUUUCAGUGGAUUCUGAUUGGCUGUUGGGGUUUUAUAGUCUAUUUCUCCACAUCUCCAUGAUGAUAUAGUUAUAGUCUGAUCUCUGCUGUUAUUUUACAUUCAGAACCAUUUUUACUCCGUCGUUAUAUUCCUAGUUAUGGUGAGAGCCGGCCUUUAGAGCUACAGCACCAGAUGAUUAUUACUACAAAGUGAGCAUCAGUGUGCUGCUGUCCUCUAAACCCUAACUCUACAGCUGUACAGUAAGGUCAUCGUGCUGAAUCAUUCGUCUCUUUACUGCACACACUGGGUGCAGACGCCUGAUGUACAGCGGGACCAGAACUUCUGUUAAUGAGUUAAUCAGCUUUACUGGAGGAGGAGAAAUCUGCACUGUUUCUGCUGUUUAUUCCAUCUGUUUUAUUAUUAUUAUUAUUAUUAUUAUUAUUAUUAUUAUUAUUAUUAUUAUUAUUAGUGUUUGUUACAGGGAUGUCCCACAUCUUAUUCAACACGAGCUGUUACAUAUGUUCAGGACUUUAACUAUGAGUGUGAAUCUCUGAGGGACCAACACACGUACAGUAGAGCAGUGUUUCUCUGCUGUGCCAGUAGAAUAUCUCAUCUCAUUUCUCGUUUUAAAUCAUCGUUCACACUCACCCUCACUGGAUAUGUGUAGUAAGUGCUUAUGAAUGGACAUUUCACACUGGAAGAUGUAAAGCAUCUGAUUCCUCCACACUUUUGCACAGUUUAUACAAGAUGUUCAUGUUGUAUGACUACGAUAAUGUAGGAGAUGUUUUAUAUUGCUGUUUUUUACAUUCAGGAGCCCUGUUAGAGCUAAUAAUCUCACGCUUUAGAUUUUGUAGAAGAAAUCAAUCAAUCAAUCAAUAAAUCAAUCAAUCAAUCAAUCAGCUACUACAAGACAAAUCCUUAGAAUGGGAAGGCUUUAAACACUGAUUUCUGAUUUGUCAAAUAUGACAGUAAUCAACGUUCAGACCUCCGGGAUUUCACAAUCCUACAAUUGCUGAAUUCAACACAAAAUCUAGCAAAUGUCCCACCAUUUCUGUCAAUUUCUACAGAUUUCCUGCAUAUUUUGGGCCGUCAGGACACGGUUCCCAUUUCAGUCUCGCCACCACACAGCAUCUGCAUAGUGUUAAUAUACAUCUGAAGAAAAGCUUUAUUAUUUACUGCAAAUUUCUUAAAAACUCACCACUAAACCAGUGACUUUAGAUCAGAAUAAUUGUCCUGGAGGGACUGACUGCUACUGUUAAUGAUGAAAGCAUCGAGCGUCUUCAGUUCUCAGGUGAAACACUUCAGCUUUUGUAUUUUCUGGUUUUGUCUCUGAUCGCCGGCUGAUUGUGGAUCAGUUAUCCUGAAGGGGAGGAUACGGUCUGUAGUGUUCGCAGGGGAUGAUGGGAAAGUUCUGAUAUGUGUUAAGUAAACUUCUAUGUGUCUGACAUGAUUAUUAGGUGUAUUAAUUGAUGGCAGCAGAUUGUGACGUCAGAGCUCUUGAUUUGUAUGAUCCUCUUCUGUUUAUAUGCAGGAAUGUCUGAACUAUUAAAUCCAUGGCAUUACAGUG